CAGCUUGAAAGCUUAUUAUUCUGAAAAUGAGUCGUAUUUUGAAAUAUUUUAUUAGAUAGAUUUUUCAAAUUUUACCGACCGAAGUUUACAGUUGGCCGCUCUACGAAAAUCAAAAUAUUUCGAAUAUAUAAAUAUAGUUUUAUAUAUCAUGUCUUCUGAUCGUGCGACUCAGACACCCAAACGAACGAUUACAGCAUCCCCAACGUCAACAUCCAGAUCUCGGCCUGAAAACAAGAAUAUUGCGACUGAGAAAUCAAAUCACGAUGCAACGUCAGCGUUAUCCAGCAGUGAAUCGGUCUUUAGCUGCCAAUUUGAGGUCUUUGGGAUAGUGCAAGGCGUUUCUUUUCGCAUGUACACCUUGCGAAGAGCUCAGAAGCUUGGAGUUCGCGGCUGGUGCAAAAACUCAAAUACGAACACGGUAAAGGGCGAAAUUGAGGCACAUUAUAAUCCCUUCGAGGAAAUGCGACUCUGGUUAAAAUACACCGGAAGUCCAACCAGCAGAAUUGACAAAGUCGUCUUUAGCGAUACCAUAGAGCGGCCGAACUUUACUUUCCAAACCUUUUCAAUUGUAACGGACUAAUAGUUAAGCUUUUUAUUUAUAAUUGUCUUUAUGUUGUGAUAAAAUA